AUGGCGAUGAUUUCGGUGGAGAAGAUUCUGGCGGCGGCGCCGGUGACGAUUCGGGGACAGCCAACGCAGCUCUCGGCGGAUGCCAAGGGCGAGCGGAUAGCAUAUGCAUCGGGCAAGUCGAUCUUUGUGCGGCGGAUCGACGAGCCGGCCGAGUGCAAGCAGUACACAGGCCACACGGCGGCGACGACGGUGGCGCGGUUCUCGCCGUCGGGCUUCUACGUGGCCAGCGGCGACGUGUCGGGCAAGGUGCGGGUGUGGGAUGCGGUCGAGGCAGUCAACACCAAGGGCGAGUACGGGAUCGUGUCGGGGCGGAUCAACGACAUUGGAUGGGACGGCGACAGCCAACGUAUUAUUGCGGUGGGCGACGGGCGCGAGCGAUUUGGCCACUGCAUCACGGCCGACAGCGGCAACAGCGUGGGCGAGGUGAGCGGCCACAGCAAGGUGGUGAACGCGGUGGCACUGCGGCAACAGCGGCCGUUGCGGGCGGCCACCGUGUCGGACGACGGCUCCAUGUGCUUCUUGCACGGAGCGCCCUUCAAGUUCAACGCCAAGACCGACAACCUGCACCGGGGCUUUGUUUUUGGCGCGGCCUUUUCGCCCGAUGGCAGCCGUCUGGUGACGGUGGGCGCCGACCGUCGCAUCCAGCUGUACGACGGCAAGACGGGCGAGCCGACGGGAACUGUGGGCAGCAGCAGCGGUGACGACGCCCACACGGGCAGCAUCUUUGCCGUCAGCUGGGCCGCUGACUCACGGCGUCUCGUCACGGCCAGCGCCGACCAGACCGUGCGGGCUUGGGACGUCGACUCGGGCAGCCUGCUGCAGCUCUGGCGGCCUGGCAACAGCAGCAGCGAAGCCGGCGUGGUGGCCAGCGUGGCCGACCAGCAGGUCGGCGUCGUCUGGCCGCACGGUCGCAGCGAUGACCUCAUCAUCAGCAUCAGCCUCAGCGGUGACCUCAACUAUCUCGUGCCCGGCCAGGACCGCCCCCUUCGUGUCGUCCAGGGCCACAACAAGUCCAUCACUGCCCUGGGUGCUGCCUCGGACGAUAAGGGCCUCGACCUGUGGACCGGCAGCUUUGAUGGCCGUGUCUGCCACUGGGACGUGGCUGCUGGCAAGGCCGCCCUCGUCGACGGCCAGGCACACUCGAACCAGGUCAGCCAGUUUGCCGCGGCCGAUGGCCACACCUGGAGCGUCGGCUGGGACGACACCCUGCGCACCGUCGACGAGGCUGCUCGCACGUUUACUGGCUCCGAGGGUGUCCAGCUGGGCGCCCAGCCGCUCGGCGUGGCCGCUGUCUCGACCGGUCAUGUGUACGUCUCGUUGGCUUCGGGCAAGAUUGUCGUCUACCGGCAGGACCGUCUCGUCGGCGAGCUGGCCACCGAGGGCUACACGCCGGCUGCCAUUGCUGCCCAUGGCACCGUCGUGGCUGUCAGCAGCCCAUCUGACCCGCUCGUCCGCAUCUACAAAGCCGACAACGACGGCAGCAGCAGCAAGCUCACGGCCGUACAGCAACUCACUGGCUCGACGGCCCCUGUCACCGCCCUCGCCUUCUCGGCUGACGGCACACAUCUCGCGGCCGGCAACUCCGGCGGCAAGAUCGUUGCCUACGACACUGCUUCCUGGGCCGUGGCCACUGAUCGCUGGUCGGCCCACACUGCCCGCGUCACCGCCAUUGCCUGGAACGCUGCUGGCACCCACGCGGCCAGCGGUGCCCUCGACACCAACGUCUUUGUCUGGAGUCUGGCCAAGCCCGGCACCCGGGUCAAGGCACUCAAUGCUCACAAGGACGGCGUCAACGGCAUCGCCUGGGUCGAUGGUGGCUCCAAGAUCGCCAGUGCCGGCGUCGAUGCUGCCGUCAAGAUCUGGAACGUGCAAGGACUGCAGUGA